GGAAGGAGAAGCUUCCCCAUCGAAGAAGAAACCAAAGCAGCUGGUGGUCUCCGCGUCGCCUCCCCGCGCGCCAUGGAGACGCAGGAGAUCGCCGCGGCGGCGCGCUACUUCGCCGCCAUGGCUCGAAUCGUCGGCCCGGUCAGUCCCCGAUUCCGCACCACCACCACCACCUUCUCUUCAAUCAGCAACUGGCUCCACCGGAUUACCUCGCUAAUCGCCGUGCUCCUCCCCCUCUCCGGCGCCUCCGCUUCCAGGACCCCAAGGCCGUGAAGAUGCGCCGCCACGCCUUCCACCUCCACCAGUCGGGGUCUACUACGCUCUCGGCGUCGGCCCUGCUCCUGCCGCGGGGCGCCCUGGCCGAGCCGCCGCCGCUGCUCGACCGUAUCUGCGUGGCCCACGGGCACGCGGCGGGGGACGUCGCGCUCACGGCCGCGUCGCUCGUCGAGCCAUUCCUAGUCGCGGAGCAGCGCGGUAACCCCGGCGAGGAAUUUCGGCCGAGGUUGGUACCCGAGGCGCGUCUUGAUGUGCUUGUUGAGCAUGAGACGUUGGGGAACACUCGAGAUGGAAAGUCUGGACCUCCACAGUGGCUUUCAGCUCGAUUGCUUGCCAUGGUUGAUGUACCUACAGCUGCUGACUCUGUUUUAUCCUUAAUAAAACAUGACGGCUCAUUCAUUGGAAGACCAUCAUGGGAUGUAGGCUGGUCAUUGGCCAAUGUCAAUGAGAAACAGGUUGAAAAUGAUAUCAGAUCUUCCCCCGCGUCUAACAGGAAUCACGCAUCUGUAGAGUCAAUGGACCCAUUGAUGUUGGCCAAGUCUGCCACAAGAAUUGCUAUUCUAGGAAUUUCAACCGUCAAUUCAAAUGUCAUUGGUGAUCAGAAUGAAAGACAAAUCGAUGUUUCAGUGAUGCAACACCGAGGGGACCCUUUGCUGAUAGCAGGAUCUCCAUUCGGCCUCCUAUCACCCUUCCAUUUCUUCAACAGCAUAUCAGUUGGUGCUGUUGCAAAUUUCCUUCCUCCAUGCGCUGUGAGGUGCUCGUUGCUGAUGGCUGACAUCCAAUGUCUCCCUGGUAUGGAAGGUGCUCCAGUGUUUGACCGAAAUUCUUGCCUUGUGGGGUUGCUGAUGAACCCAUUAAGGCAGAAAGGCAGCAGCGUAGAAGUUCAGCUCGUUAUUACCUGGGAUGCAAUAUGCACUGGAUGGAACAACAUGAAACUGGUGGAAAUUGAGCGAGAACCAAGUAAGCUACCUAAUGACAAAAAUGAAGAGAGUAAAAUGAUGGAAUUAAAGCAUCCAGAUAACUAUGGGAGGUUUGUCUCUUCUACAGUCAACAAAAUUAACCAGUAUUGCAUUUCAUCCCCUUCAAUCAGAGAGGCUAUAUCCGCAGUUGUUCUUGUCACGGUUGGUGAUUCAUCUUGGGCUUCAGGUAUUGUACUAAACAAAGGGGGUUUAGUUCUGACAAAUGCUCAUCUCUUGGAACCUUGGAGAUUUGGAAGAACUUCACCUUUAGGUGCACAAACCUCAUCUGCUGGAGAAUAUCUCAGUGCCAGAGAAAACAGAUCAUUGCAGCCACAACAAUGCAAAUUCUCUAACGACGAUGCUGUCAAACAUGAGGUUUCAUUGUUUAACUUGGGUUUCAAAAGAGAGAAGAGAAUAUCAGUUCGUUUGGACCAUGCGGAGAGACAGGUGUGGUGCAGUGCUAGUGUGGUUUUUAUCUCAAAGGGUCCGCUUGAUGUUGCAUUGCUUCAAAUGGAAGAGGUUCCAAUUGAGUUAAAUACAAUCAGACCAGAAUUUGUUUGUCCAACAGCAGGAUCAUCUGUAUACGUAGUUGGACAUGGCCUUUUUGGACCUCGAUCAGGCCUAUGCUCCUCUCUAUCCUCUGGGGUUGUGUCAAAGGUUGUCCAAAUCCCAUCAACUCAACUUUCUCAUCCUUCUGGUACUGUGGAGGCUCACAAUAUGGACAUGCCAGUAAUGCUGCAGACAACAGCAGCAGUUCAUCCAGGGGCCAGUGGCGGUAUGCUUGUUAAUUCGCAUGGGCUAAUGGUUGGGAUAGUAACAAGUAAUGCUAAGCAUGGUGGUGGAAGCACAAUACCUCAUCUGAAUUUCAGCAUCCCCUGCAAAUCACUUGAAAUUAUCUUCAAGUAUUCAGAAAAUGAAGAGCCAGCCAUUUUGGAGCAGUUGGACAAACCCAAUAAAGUGCUCUCAUCGGUUUGGGCUCUGGCACCAUCAUCAUCCCAAUUUAUCGACAACCCCCCUGAAAAGGGCGGAGAGGAAAAGGUUAUGGAGUUCUCAAAGUUUCUUAGUAAUAAGCAAGCAACUCUGAAAUCUAGCACAGAUCUAAAGGAACUCUUUAAGCGUAUGAUGCCCAGCAAAAUGUAGAUUGGAUCAACAAAUGGAAGUAGGAUUGGGUACGGACAAUAUUUCCCUGGUCAUGGCAAAGUGCAAAAGUUGCUUUUUUGGGACAGGAAACACUGGUUGAGGGAUUGAGAUUACCUAACAAAAUCCCAGAUUGUUACAUGCCGCUCUACUAUGAUUUUGAGGGCAAAGGCCUUGUAAAGGAGAAACACUGUGUGUCAAUAUAUACAUAGUUUGCUCCUAGAUUUCCGAGCAGAAAUGUGUUAUCAGAGAACAGUGGGCUUAUAUUUCCUGAAGUGUGAGCAGAAAGAUAUUAUGCCUACGGGAAUGUCAAAAAAUCGGAUUUACAUUGGAACCAGGGUUUUUUUAAGUACUAGUUGAAAAGGACUAGUAUUUCUGUCAUUUCUUGUACUAACUGAAAAGGAAAUUUUCAGAGGUUUCCUGUGAUCCUACCUUCAGUGUAAAGUGUUCGUUCAUCAAGGCUGAUAGUAUAGCGUAACUAAGAAAAUCAAGUUGGGAUGUUGAUAUUUUACUACAAGCCACAUUUUACA